AUGGACGACUCCGCCAAGGUCCUCUCCGAGGCCCUUAACGUGGUCAAGGUGCAGCUCGUGCAGAUGAAGCGAUGCCUCGAUGCUGACCAGGUCAUGGAUGCGCUCAAGAGCGCCGCCACCAUGCUCUCCGAGCUCCGCACCUCGACGCUCUCGCCCAAAAACUACUACGAGCUGUACAUGGCCGUGUUCGACGCCCUGCGCCAUCUCUCCAUCUACCUCUACGACGCUCACACCUCGGGCAAGCACCACCUCGCCGACCUCUACGAGCUCGUCCAGUACUGCGGCAACAUCGUCCCGCGCCUCUACCUCAUGAUCACCGUCGGCAGCGUAUACAUGUCCAUACCCGACGCUCCCAUCAAGGAGAUCAUGAAGGACGUCAUGGAGAUGAGCCGGGGCGUCCAGCAUCCAACCCGCGGCCUCUUCCUCCGCCACUACCUCAGCGGUGCCACCCGCGACUAUCUGCCCGUCGGCCAAGACAUGGGCCCCGGCGGCAACCUCCAGGACAGCAUCGGCUUUGUGCUCACCAAUUUCAUCGAGAUGAACAAGCUCUGGGUGCGUCUCCAGCACCAGGGCCACUCGCGCGACCGCGAGAAGCGCGAGAUGGAGCGCAAGGAGCUCCGCAUCCUCGUCGGCACCAACCUCGUCCGCCUCAGCCAGCUCGAGGGCGUCGACCUCGAAAUGUACCGCCGCACCAUCCUCCCCUCCAUCCUCGAACAGGUCGUCAACUGCAAGGACGUCAUCGCACAAGAGUACCUCAUGGAAGUCGUCAUCCAGGUCUUCCCCGACGACUUCCACCUCCGCACCCUCGGCCCCUUCCUCUCCGCAUGCGCCGCACUCCAUCCCAAGGUCAACAUCAAGCAGAUCGUCAUCGCCCUCAUCGACCGCCUCGCCGCCUACGCCGCACGAGAGGCGGAGAACGACAGCCCCGAAGAGAUCAAGCGUCAAGAAGAGGAGGCGAGCCGCCGUCUGGCAGAAAAGACCCGCCAGAUGAGGAUGACCGGUCAGAGUGCAGGCCCCAGCUCCGUCUGGGACGAGGUCACCGCUCAGGGCGACCCCAAAGCCAAAAAGGCCGACAUUGCCGAACCCGCGUCUCCCACCGCCGCCGACCUCAGCAGGAUGCCCCCACCACCCGUCGAGCCGAGUGGCUUCGGCAUGGCUUCCGCGGACCGCGACUCGGCCGCCGCACCCAACGUUGCAACCCACAGCUCGGAAGAGCCUGUCUUCCGCAGCAUCCCCGAAGGCCUCGACGAGGACGCUUGGGGCUCGGGAGGCAACGCCCCCAGCAGCGCAUCCGUCGCAGCUUCCGCUUCCGCUACCUGGGCAUCCCAAACCGAUGACGGCACUGCAGCCAGCAGCACAGCACACACCGCAGACACCGGAGCGACGUCCACGCAAGCAGGCGAAAGCGGCGAGGAGCAGAAUGCUCGCGCCCAAGAGUUUCCCUCCGCCGGAUUUGGCGCUGCCAAUGGCACCAACGGCAACGCAGCAGCGACCAACGGCAACGACGCCGAGAAGCAGACCGCUGCACCAGCACCGGCGCAAGCUCAGCGCACAGCCGCGCUCUCCGAGAAGCCCGUUGGCAAGUUCCGCGGAAUCCCCGAGGAUGUGCGUCUGUUCGAGGUAUUCUGGGAGCAGAUCGUGCAGCUCAUCCGCGCGCGCCCGGACCUCUCGAUCCAGGACAUCACCGCGCUGCUCGUCUCGCUCGCCAACCUCUCGCUGAGCUGCUACCCGGACAAGCUCGAGUACGUCGACCAGGUGCUGGCGUUUGCGCGCGAAAAGGUGGUCGAGUUCGAGCAGAGCCCGGACCUGCACAGCCCGGCGACGACGACGCACCUCAACUCGCUGCUGCUCUCGCCCAUCAACUCGUACCUCACCGUGCUCACGCUGCUCGCGCUGCCGUCGUACCUCUCGCUGCUGUCCGUGCAGCCGUACACGACGCGCAAGUCGAUCGCACAGGCCGUCGUCAUGUCCGUCCUGCGCAACGAGACGGUCAUGUCGACGCCCGAAGACGUCAGCGGCGUGCUCGACCUGUGCAGCCCCAUCAUCCGCGACCACAAGGACGCCAUCAUCCCGCACGCCGGCAUGCAUGCAGCUGCGGGCGGUGCCGGCGGGCACGCCGCCUACGCACACUACGGCGGCGACCCGAGGAUAGCACAGGGCGCGUACGGAGGUGGGUCGCGCGGCAUGGGGCGCCACCACAUGAUGCAGUACGACAUGGAGGAGAUGGCCGAGGAGCAGGGCUGGAUCGCACGCAUGAUCCACCUCUUCCGCGCCGACGAGCUCGAGACGCAGUUCAGCCUGCUCCAGACGGCGCGCAAGCACUUUGUCGACGGCGGCGAGCGCAUCAAGUUUACGCUGCCGCCGCUCAUCACCUCGGCGAUCAAGCUGGCGCGGCGGUACAAGCUGCGCGAGUCCAAGGAGGAGGCGUGGGAGACCAAGAUGCUCACGCUGUACAAGUUUGUGCACCAGGUCAUCUCGGUGCUGUACAACAAGGUCGAGUCGUCGGACAUUUGUCUGCGGCUGUUUUUGCUCGCGGCGCAGUCGGCGGACGAGAGUGGGUUCGAGGAGCUGGCGUACGAGUUCUACGUGCAGUCGUUUACGAUUUACGAAGAGUCGAUCUCCGAGUCGCGCGCGCAGCUGCAUGCGAUCGGGCUCAUCAUCAGCACGCUGCAGACGGCGCGCGUGUUUGGCACGGACAACUACGACACGCUCAUCACCAAGGCGGCGCUGCACGGUGCCAAGCUGCUCAAGAAGCCGCACCAGGCGGCGGCGGUCAUGAUGGCGAGUCAUCUGUGGUGGCAGACCGAGGUGCCGGGACAUCCGUCGCGGCUGGCUACCAGUUCGUCGUCGGCGACGGGCAAUGCGGCUGCCAACCCGAGUGCGGCCGUGGGGGCGCCGGGCAACGGAGCGGCUGGCAAGGAGUCCAAACCGAUCCUGCUCAAGGACGGCAAGCGCGUGCUCGAAUGUCUGCAAAAGUCGCUGCGCAUCGCCAACAGCUGCAUCGACGAACGUAGCACCGUCGAGAUCUUCUGCUCGGCCCUCGAUCAGUACCUCUACUAUUUCGAGCAGCAGGUGGAAGCGGUGGCGCCCAAGUACAUCAACUCGCUCGUCGAGUUGAUUUCGAAUGGUUUGGAUUCGCUCAUGGCCGAGCCGGAUGCCGGGGCUCCCGCUUCGCAUCCUGCCAUUGUGGGCGGUGGGUUCUUGGAGAUGCCCACCACGCCCGACUCGUGCCUCCGCCACUUUAGGGCACAGCUGCAGUACAUCAAGACGCGCAAAGAUGCCGCCGCGCUCGUGCUCGCCAACGCCAAUCCGGCGGACAGCGAGACGCCCAACAAUGGCCCGGACUGGGGAGCCGUGCACAUCAGCCCGAGCUUGACAAAGUUUGGGCUCAACUAG